AUGGUCCACAUAUCUCGUCUUACAAGUUACAGUCGGGAGGACGUGCGCAAACUCCUUCUUAUCCUUCGGGAGUUUGUGCUCGUCUAUAAGGACAACAAGGUCACCAUCAAUUACCAGAGCAGACCGGUUGUUCUUUUCUUUGGCACCAUCAUUGCCACGUUCGGAGUGGGUGCUUUUUUCACCAUCAAGUCGUUGAUUGUCAAGUACAAUGAGUACAUGUAUAAGAGGUCCCAGAAUAGGCCCCGUUUGAUUCGCCAGCUGUCGACAAUCUUGAAAAAUGGUGCCAGGGAGAUUUUCGUGCCCAAGGGUAAGAACUCGUCCACGAGAAUCAUCAUUCCUAAGCCAAAUUUGGAUAGAUAUGCUGCCGACAAGUACACUUACAAGAAUUUCUACAUUGAUCAGCGGUUGAAGCAACAGAAGAACAUUUUCAAUCUGAAGUUCUUGAACCAGAUCGUCAUCAUCUGGCGUAUUCUUAUCCCCAGAUUCUAUUCCAAGAACACCUAUUUAUUACUUUCCCAGUGUUUCUUCUUGAUUUUGCGUACGUGGUUGUCUUUGAUCAUCACCAAGUUGGACGGUCAGAUCGUCAAGAACUUGAUUGGCGCCAACGGCAAGAAGUUUGUCCGUGACUUGAUCUACUGGAUCUUGAUUGCCUUCCCGGCCUCUUACACUAAUGCUGCCAUCAAAUACUUGACAAACAGAUUGUCUUUGAGUUUCAGAACAAACUUGAUCAGAUACGUCCACGACAUGUACUUGGAUAAGGUCAUGACCUACUACAAGAUGUCUCUCAGCCACGCUGAGAUCGAGAACAUCGAUCAAUACAUCACAAAUGAUAUCACCAAGUUCUGUGACUCCAUCUGUGGCUUAUUCUCCAGUAUGGGUAAGCCGCUUAUUGAUUUGGUCUUCUUCUCGGUUUACUUGAGAGACAACUUGGGUACUGGUGCCAUCGUUGGUAUCUUUGCCAACUACUUUGCCACAGCUUUCCUCUUGAAACAAUAUACCCCUUCGUUUGGUAAGUUGUCUGCCCAAAGAACUCAGUUGGAGGGUCGUUACUACAACGAGCACUUGAACCUUAUCACGAACUCUGAGGAGAUUGGUUUCUACAAGGGUUCCAUUAUUGAGAAGGCCAAGUUGAAGGAAACCUUUGAAGGCUUGAUGGGUCACGUCUCCAAGGAAAUCAACAUUUCUUUCUGGUAUUCCAUCCUUGAAGAUUACAUCUUGAAGUACACCUGGUCUGCUUGGGGUUAUGUCUUUGCCGGUUUGCCAGUCUUCUUGGAGGACUUGUGGCCAAAGGCUACCCAGCACAUUGAUGAAGGUGAGUCUGCUCCAGCUCCUGAAAAGAAGGCUAAGGUUGACGACAAGCUGAACAUGAGACAGUUUAUCAUCAACAAGAGAUUGAUGUUGUCGUUGGCUGAUGCUGGUUCUAGAUUGAUGUAUUCCAUCAAGGAUAUUUCCGAGCUUACCGGUUACACUGAUAGAGUCUUCUCAUUGCUUACCGAAUUGCACAAGGCUCACUCGCCUAAGUUUGCCUUUGGCUCCAGAUACGGUAUUGCUGAUAUUCACGGUACUGUUCAGCACAACUACAGCGGUGGUAUUCGUUUUGAGCACCUCCCAGUGAUUAUUCCUGGUCUGGAAGGUAGCGAGGGCACCAAGCUCAUUGACAACUUGAACAUCCAUCUUCUGGGUAACAAGAACCUUUUGGUUUUGGGAUCCAACGGUUGCGGUAAGACUUCUAUCGCUCGUAUCAUGGCUGGUUUGUGGCCAUUGUACUACGGAUUGAUGUCUAAGCCAAGCGAUGACGAGAUCUUCUACUUGCCACAGAAGACCUACUUCACUAACGGUAACUUGAGAGAUCAAAUUAUUUAUCCAUCGUCUUACGACGACAUGUUAGAGAUGGGAUACAACGACGACCACUUGUACCACAUUUUGCGGGAGGUUAAAUUGGACUACUUGUUGACCAGAGAAGGUAACUUCAAUGUCAAGAAGGACUGGAAGGAUGUCUUCAGUGGAGGAGAGAAGCAGAGAAUGAGCAUUGCCCGUGUGUUGUUCAAGAACCCUAAGUUUGUGGUUUUGGACGAGUCUACCAACGCCGUGUCUACAGAUGUCGAGGACUAUUUGUUCGAGUUGUUGCAGAGAAAGAAGAUCACUUUCAUCACUCUCUCGCACAGACCACUUUUGAUGAAGUACCACGACUUCAUCUUGGAGAUCAAGAACGAGAAGGGUGAGCCAGACAAGUGGAUCUUCCACGACUUGACAUCUGAAGAGAACUUGAAGACUAUCGAUAAUGAGAUUAAAGAGAUCGAGUCCAAAUUGGCUCAGGUUGAAGAGUGGGAGCAAAGAAAGACCGAUAUUGAAAAGUAUUUGGAUGGAAAUUACGACGAUAUCGAAGAAGCGCCCCAACAUACCGCAAUGGCCUCCUCAGCCUCAUUUGAGAUCUAA